GAAGAAUACUAGUAAUUGAACACUAGAUUGAAAAAUUCAAUUAUAAUAUAUUUGAUAAUUUAUAUUAUGGUGUGAUCUACUAGAUAUGGCUGUUUCUACUUAAACUGCCACAGUAGUAAUAUCAGUGUAUAGUCAGGCAUAGAAUAUAAUUAACCUGUAGACUGCUAUGGAGCUCACAGGUGACCAACUCAUUAAGUACAAUUGAAUUAUGUAAUUAAAGAGUUUUAUCUACCAUUACUAUUAUAUUUUAAUAGUAAUUCAAGAUAAUUAAUUAAAAAUUUAACAAUUUAUUUUAUUUUGUUGUGUAAUUAUUCUUGAGAACCUGUUGCAGUCAAAAUUUACCAAAUUUAAUUUUUAAAUCCUAAUAAAAUUCAGUACAAUCGUUGAUCGUCGAUCCCGCAUGAAAUUCAAAAAUAAAAUAGCCCGCUCCGAGGAGAAAUCAGCAUCGAGCAACUCUUCGAAUACGCAAACUCUGUGAAGAAAGUCGAUAAAUGUCACGCGCUUUCCUCGUUGUAGAAUUCCCAGUCGCAAACACUUGUCAAAAAAUAUUGACACACAAAAAUCAAGUAGGAAUUUGAGGAUCGAUAAUUAAUCAAUUCUUCUUUUCGACUUCAGAUUUCGACACCAGACCGAGGAGGAAAAAUCGAGGGUGUUCCGUUCGAACAUGGGGUGCGCGUCCCCCCGUGGGGGUCCACUUGCAUCGAAAGCCCCUUGAGGCCCCCUACACAACAUAUGUAUUCUCGCUCAACCACCACGAACAAAUGCUAACCACACUUUUCAUCGGUCUAUGUAUUGGCUCUUCUAAUGGUUUUCGUGGACCACAUCAUCCGCGAAGCGACAUUUCCCAUCACCAUUAUUCUCCCCAGAAAAACAUUAAAAUAACGCAGGAUGCAAAUUUACUUCAAGAUGCUACCCAUUUAAAAGAAGACAUGGGAUCCAUGGCAGAUCAAUUGGAUUUUUCAAACAUGACUGAACAGGAAAUAGAAUUCCACUAUUUUAAAGUGCACGAUGUCGAUAAUAAUGCCAAGUUGGAUGGCUUAGAAAUCCUCCAUGCAAUCCAACAUACAUUUCACGAAAAUAAAGUGACCAAUAAUAAAGGUGAAGGCUUCAGCGAGGAGACGAAAAGCGCGGAUUGCGAAGAUGAUUUGCCUUGGAUAGUAGAACUGAUAGACAAAGUACUGAAGGAGGAUGAUGUAGAUAAUGAUGGGUACCUUGGAUACGUUGAAUAUGUACUUGGAAGACAAAGAGACCAUAUUUCUCAGGCAAAAAGAAAUGACAAAGUGAAAAUUGAAAACUGAAAAGUUUUUAAUAAAUGGUAUAUAUUGGUAAGGGACAUGCCUAAAACACAUUCAAAGAAAUAUUUUGUAAUUUUCUUUAUUCAACUUAUUUCUAACUGUUCUAAAAUAUACGAACAAUAUAAAUUUUAAUACAGUUUUAAUCGGUAAGAUAAAACGAUUUUAUUUUUUAUCUACCUAUAGCGCAAAAUAUCUAUUGUAUGUUUGUAUAUAAAUCAAAUAAUACUGUGUACAUAAUUUCAUACAUUUUCAAUUGACAGAGUGACUCGUAAAUUAAUUAUGAAUUUCAAAUUCAUAUUUGAAUAAUGACCUAAAUAUAUUUUCACCACUCAAACUAAUACAAACUUUGUACACCUAAAAUGCGCUUCAUAUAUAUAUAUAUAUUAAUAAAGGAAAUUUACUAAUGUGU